AACUCAGUGACUUUGAUAUGGGGAACUCUAGUGGUUUUUCUAUUUGUAUAUGCCUUGUAUGUGCUACUAAACAUUCACAAGAGGAAAAGGUUUCCUCCAAGUCCAACAGGCUUUCCCAUUUUAGGACAUCUUCAUUUGUUAGCUGGUAAAAAUCCACACAAAGAUUUACAAAAACUAGCCAAGAAACAUGGUUCUAUUAUGUAUGUGCAAUUGGGACUAGUACCUGCAAUUGUUGUCUCAUCCGUUGAUGCAGCCGAGAAGUUCCUCAAGACAUAUGAUCACAUCUUUGCUAGUAGGCCUCAUAGUGAGGCAUCUCAAUAUUUGUCUUAUGGACAGAAGAAUUUGAUAUUUGCAAAGUAUGGUGUGUAUUGGCGCAACAUGCGCAAAUUGUGCACUGUGCACCUUUUGAGCAAUCACAAGAUCAAUUCAUUUCAAUCCAUGAGAAAGCAAGAAGUUCAACUUCUGAUUGAAUCGAUUAAAAGGAAGCUCAUGAUCGUGUAGUUGUUGAUCUUAGUGCAAGGAUUUUGUCCUUGAAUGCUAACUUGACUUGCUUGAUGAUGUUUGGAAAGAAGUACAUGGAUGAGGACUUAGACAAGAGGCGAUUCAAAGCUAUUGUUCAAGAUGUUGUGGAUUUAGCAUCCACACCAAAUCUUGGAGAUUUUUUUCCUUUCCUUGGUGUUAUUGAUCUCCAGGGUCUCAAUCGCAAACUCAAGGAUCUUUCAAAGGUGUUUGAUGAGUUUCUUGAGAGGAUUAUUGAUGAACAUGUCGAGUAUCAUGAUCGGGAUCAAACCAAGGACUUUGUGGACACCAUGAUGGACAUAAUGCAAUCUGGAGAAGCAGAAUUUCAGUUUGACCGUCGUCACAUAAAAGCUAUCCUCUUGGACAUGCUUCUGGCUGCAAUGGACACUACAGCAUCAACAGUAGAAUGGAUACUCACCGAACUUCUUAGGCAUCUCCAAGUGAUGAAGAAACUCCAAAACGAGUUGCAAGAAGUGGUAGGCCUUGAAAGAAUGGUAGAAGAAUCGGACUUGGAGAACUUAAACUACUUAAUCAUGGUUGUAAAUGAGGGCCUGAGGCUGCAUCUUGCAGUGCCACUAUUUUUUCAUGAGGCCAUGGAACAUUGUGUAGUCAAUGAUUCCACAUACAGAAGGGAUCCCGAAUCAUAAUAAAUUGUUACGCAAUUCAUAGGGAUCCAAACGUUUGGCCAGACCCUGAGAAGUUUUUUCCUGAGAGAUUUGUUGGGACACUACACCAAAAGAGACCUUUAGCGGCAAUUGAUUUUUCUUUUAGUGGCAAUAGUUAUUGCCACAAAUACAUUACCGGCAUUUGAUUAAAUGUCAUUGGAUCCAAUGUCGCUAAAGCCUUUAGUGGCAUUUAUGUCGGGUGCCGGUAAAGACCCUCAUUAUUGCCACUAAAAGUAAUUACUUUUAGCGACUUUUAUUUAGUGGCAUUUACUAUUGCCAUUAAAGCUACUUUAGAAACAAACAUAUGUGUGGCAUUUAAAUUCACCUUAAUUCACAUAUUUACCCUCUUUUAUAACAUCAAAAACAAAAUUCACAAGAGAAAUAAGUUCGAAAGUAGUAAAGAAGAAUUAUCAAACUCAAAACAAUGUCAU